GUCUUCUUACCUCAAAAAAAUAUAGUUUUUGUCCUGAUUUGGGCCACUUGUGGAUUUGCCCAUCUGCAAGUUGUAGCCCCGCCCGCAACUGAAGUCCGAGACACAAAACCCUAAUUUCUAUUUAGCUUUUGCCCACUGCAAUCUUAAAAUCGCUUAGCUUAUUGAGGAGCUGCCUCAAUUUCUCCACGAACCAGAUCAUUCAGCAACAAAAUGUCAGGUGAGGAAGGUACCGUUGCUGUUGAGACACCUGCACCUCUCGGUGAAGCCAUGGAUUUGAUGACUGCAUUGCAGCUAGUCCUCAGAAGAUCUUUGGCUCAUGGUGGGCUUAUUCGAGGUCUUCACGAAGGUGCAAAAGUGAUCGAGAAGCAUACUGCCCAGCUCUGCGUAUUGGCAGAGGACUGCAACCAGCCGGACUAUGUUAAACUUGUCAAAGGCCUUUGUGCCGAUCAUGGUGUUGGGCUUUUGACUAUUCCUAGUGCUAAGACCCUUGGCGAGUGGGCUGGCUUGUGUAAGAUUGAUUCCGAAGGCAAAGCAAGGAAGGUGGUUGGUUGCUCUUGUGUCGUGGUUCAGGAUUAUGGUGAGGAGAGUGAAGGUCUUAAUGUUGUUCAGCAACACAUCAAGUCUCACUGAGUAGAAGUGGAUCCGAAUUUGUAGAGACCUUUUUUUAUUGUUUUCAUGAUACCCUCAUCCUAUGGGGUUUUUGAUUGUUUGCUAGCUGCGUUUAUUACCAACUGAUUGUUUCAAUUUAUUGUGGUGGAACACCCUUUUUUAAUACAUGACAUGCGGAUUUAGCAAA